AUUACUGAGGACGAGGAAGUAUACGAGGCGGUCGUGAGAAUGUUCUCAGCAAAUGUCUUCCGUCCUCUUCCACCACCACUUCACAAACUCACAAGGAGUCCCUAUGACCCCCAGGAUAUCAAUGAGAAGGAGGAGGAGGAGGAGGCAAAAGAGCCUGCGUGGCCACAUCUUGAGUUGGUGUAUGAGAUAUUUCUACGGUUCCUUUCUCUAAUGAACAUUAAAACGGUUUUUCUCAAAAAGCAUAUUAGCCAUGCUUUUGUGCUAAACUUGCUCGCCGUGUUUGAUACUGAAGAUCGCCGUGAAAGGGACUGUGCGAAACUGAUAUUACACAAAAUCUACACAAAGCUUAUUAAGCUUCGGGUAUUUAUUCGAAAGCAGAUGAUCUUUACGUUCCAAAGGUAA